AUGUCCGCCUACCACGCCAGCAACCCUGCCGAGGCCCGCCGCGCCGAGUGCGCGCGCCUGCAGGCCAAGUACCCCGGCCACGUCGCCGUGGUUGUCGAGGCGGCCGGAAAGGCCGGCAGCAAGGCGCACUUCCUCGCACUGCCGCGCGACGCCACCGUCGCCGAGCUCGAGGCGGCCGUGCGCCAGGCGCUCAGCACCAGCGCCAGGAAGGUGACGCUCGCCAUCGAGGGCUCCACCCCGGCGGCGACCGCCACGGUCGGCGACAUCGCCGACGCCUGCAAGCGGGACGACGGCUUCCUGUACGUGAGCGUGUGCAGCGAGCAGACCAUGGGCGUCAUCGCUGGUCCCUGCUUCGCCCUGGACUCCGGCAGUAUCUAG